AUGGUUGUGGUUGGUAUAAUUCAGGUAAUCAUUGCUGAUGAGAUUAAAAGGGGGAAGUACAUAAUAUCCUUCGAUCCGCUCAACGGGUCCUCCCAGAUCGACAGCACGGCUCCUAUGGUCUGGGAGAAACUCACCGAUGGAAUGACUGCUGCUACGAAUGACGAUUUCAUGCAACCGGGCAGUAAUGUGAUUUUCUACACCUCUGUUCCAUGGCGGCUGCCGGUUAUUGUAUUUAUGGUUCAUCAACAAUGUUAA